AUGUUCGCGGGGCUGCCUGAGCUCGGGAUAUCCAACGGCGAGGAUCUUAAAGAAACACUCACCAACUGUACUGAGCCUCUGAAAGCCAUUGAUCAGUUUCAGAUGGAAAAUGGCAUCCUGCUGCCGACCCUCCAGUCUGCUCUUCCCUUCCUCGACCUCCAUGGAACGCCUCGGCUGGAGUUCCACCAGUCUGUCUUUGACGAGCUUCGAGACAAGCUGAUGGAGCGAGUCGCCACCAUUGCAGAGGGCAAGGAGGAGGACAGAUAUGGGAAGCUUGAAGAGCUGCUGGAGAAGAGCUUUCCCCUUGUCAAAAUGCCAUCCAUUCAGCCAGUGGUAAUGCAGGUGCUGAAGCAUCUACCCAAGGUGCCAGAGAAGAAACUGAAGAUGGUGAUGGCUGACAAGGAGUUGUACAAGGUGUGUGCUGUGGAGGUGAAAAGGCAGAUCUGGCAGGACAACCAGGCUCUAUUUGGGGAUGAAGUCUCACCCCUCCUCAAGCAGUACAUUGUGGAGAAGGAAGCAGCUCUGUUCAGCAGCGACCUCUCCAUCCUGCACAAUUUCUUCAGCCCUUCCCCCAAAACACGACGCCAGGGCGAGGUGGUCCUGAAGCUGACACAGAUGAUUGGAAAGAACGUGAAGCUAUACGACAUGGUGCUGCAGUUUUUACGAACACUCUUCCUGCGAACGCGAAAUGUCCACUACUGCACACUGAGAGCAGAGCUGUUGAUGUCUCUUCACGACCUGGACAUCAGCGAGAUCUGCUCUGUGGACCCUUGCCAUAAGUUCACUUGGUGUUUGGACGCUUGCAUCCGUGAGAAGUUUGUGGACGGCAAGCGAGCCAGAGAGCUGCAAGGUUUCCUAGAUGGAGUGAAGAAAGGACAAGAGCAAGUCCUCGGGGACCUGUCCAUGAUCCUGUGUGACCCGUUUGCUUGUAACACCCUGGUCCUGAGUAUCAUGAGGAACCUGCAAGAGCUGCUGAGUCAGGACGCUUUACCCAGGGACAGUCCAGACUUGAUGCUGCUGCUGAGGAUGCUGUCACUUGGUCAAGGGGCGUGGGACAUGAUUGACAGCCAGGUCUUCAAAGAGCCUCGUUUGGAUCUGGAAGUGGUGACCCGCUUCCUGCCUGCCAUGAUGUCAGUGGUUGUUGACGAUCACACCUUAAAUGUAGAACAGAAGCUUCCCAAUGAGGAGAAGAGUUCGUUGUCAUACCCCACCACCCUGCCAGAUGCCUUCAACAGGUAUCUGCAGGAGAACAGAGUGGCCUGUGAAAUGGGUCUCUACUACGUCCUCCACAUCGCCAAACUGAGGAACAAGAACACCUUACAGAGGUUACUACCUGCCCUGGUGGAGACCUACAAUGACAUGGCCUUUGGUGACAUCUUCCUGCACCUGCUGACCGGACACCUCACCCUGCUCUCUGAUGAGUUUGGAUCCGAAGACUUUUGUUCAGUUGUCUUUGAUGGCUUUCUUCUUACUUCUUUUUCCAGUAAAGAGAACGUCCACAGACACACCCUCCGGAUGUUGCUGCAUCUACACCACAAAGUGCUGCCAUCGUACAUGGAAACCUUGAUGAAAACUCUCGAACCUCCAAAGCAGAGCUGCGAGCCAGUGAAGGAGCUGUACACCCAGCUGACGGAGAAGCUGGAUGCACAGAAGAAGAGCCCUCCACCAGCAGAUGAAACUCCAUCUCUGGACCUGGGGCUGCACCCAGUGACUGUCCCCACCACUGCCUCCACCCCAAGCACGCCUCUCUGAGACACAGCAGAAACACAUCAGUGACUGACUGUAAAUGCAGCCACCAGUUUGGCUCGAGAAUUUUCAAAAAGACUGGACAUUUUACAUUGUUGUUUGUCCUAUGGUUUGUUUCAUGGAGAUUUUUCUUUAGUUGUUUAUCCCUGAUAGGCUAUUUCUGCUCUAGUUCAGCAGCCAUCUGUUUUUCUUCAAAGGAAGGUGUUACCUUUCUAAACUUUGGUCUCGCGUUAUUGUCAGAAUAUAAAGAAUCUUAAUAUGUAA